AUGACGUCGAAGAGCGGCAGCGAGCAGGACUCUGAAGAGCAAUGGGACGACAUGGCCAUCGUUCGGGCAUUUGAGGACGCACUUCGCGAACAGCACUCACACAGCUCCUCAUCUGGAAAUAAAACUGACAGUGUUAGGAAGCAGAGGGCAGUAACUUCGCAGUCCAACGGCAAUAACACUACCAUACCUGCUGCUAUUGACGCGGAAAAUAAAGUACUGCCAAAAGGGUAUGAACAUCCAACAGCACGGGAAGGAACGUACCGACAGCCAAGUGUAGGAGCUCACACAGAUCAUGCAGCAGGAGCGAAUCCAUUUGCCUUUCGGCAACAGCAGCAGCAGUAUCAUCAAAGUGACUUGUACCAGGCUGCAUAUGCUCAAGCGUAUGCCCAGCUCCGAGGUCAGUUUGAUGCCGUGUAUUCUGCUCCAAGUCUGCAGCAGCCGUAUGGGACGAGCAUGCAAAUGCCAGUCCAGUCACCUUAUUGUCCGCCCCCACCACCGAUUCCAUCCAUCCCGACGCCGUUUCCUGGAAUGCCUGCAGCUCAGGGUCCAGGAAUGUCACCCAAUGUAGCAGUGCCAGACGAUGGCCUAGCGAACGUGCUCAUGGCAUGGUAUCAGUCUGGAUAUUACACUGGACGGUUUCAAGCAAUGCAAGAGAUGAAAUUGCGAGGUCAUCGGUAG